CUUCGUCUCCACGGUCCACUAUAUAACCCGCCGCCUCGCCACAUCACCAGAAAUUUCCCCACACGCGCCCACCUCCUCCGGUCCUCCCCUCUAGUCCUCUCUCCCGACCCCACCUCUGCCGUCCGUGCGUCCGUCCGGCAACCGCGACGCAACAAUGGCGGCCGGGCGAGAGCUGGUGGUGAGUUUCGGCGAGAUGCUGAUAGACUUCGUGCCGACCGUGGCGGGGGUCUCGCUGGCCGAGGCGCCGGCCUUCCUCAAGGCGGCCGGGGGCGCGCCCGCCAACGUCGCCAUCGCGGUCUCGCGCCUCGGUGGCGGGGCCGCCUUCGUUGGCAAGCUCGGCGACGACGAGUUCGGCCGCAUGCUCGCCGCCAUCCUCCGCGACAACGGCGUCGACGGCGGCGGCGUCGUCUUCGACGCGGGCGCGCGCACCGCGCUUGCCUUCGUCACCCUGCGCGCCGACGGCGAGCGCGAGUUCAUGUUCUACCGCAACCCCAGCGCCGACAUGCUCCUCACUGCCGACGAGCUCAACGUCGGGCUCAUCCGGAGGGCUGCGGUCUUUCACUACGGAUCAAUAAGCUUGAUUGCUGAGCCUUGCCGGACAGCACAUCUCCGUGCCAUGGAAAUUGCCAAAGAGGCUGGUGCACUGCUCUCUUACGACCCAAACCUGAGGGAGGCACUUUGGCCAUCCCGUGAGGAGGCCCGCACCCAGAUCUUGAGCAUCUGGGACCAGGCAGAUAUCGUCAAGGUCAGCGAAGUCGAGCUUGAGUUCUUGACAGGCAUCAACUCAGUGGAGGACGAUGUUGUCAUGAAGCUGUGGCGACCUACCAUGAAGCUGCUCCUGGUGACUCUUGGAGAUCAAGGAUGCAAGUACUAUACCAGGGAUUUCCAUGGAGCUGUCCCUUCCUUCAAAGUACAACAAGUCGAUACGACUGGCGCAGGCGAUGCGUUUGUUGGUGCGCUGCUCCGAAGGAUCGUUAAAGAUCCAUCCUCGCUACAAGACGAGAAGAAGCUUGUAGAGUCUAUUAAAUUCGCUAAUGCGUGUGGAGCAAUCACCGCCACGAAGAAGGGUGCGAUCCCGUCUUUGCCCACUGAAACUGAGGUCUUGCAGCUAAUAGAGAAGGCAUAGAUAGAUCACUGUAAUUGCUUUGGUUUUCACUAGCUUCCACUUCUGCAAAUUGCAAAAUGUAUUGUAUUCUGAUCUGGAACAGAAGAAGUGGGUGCUCCAUCUUACCUGCCAUUUUUUGCUUGCCCUAGUUCCUAAGGGUGUUUUGUUUUAGAACUCUACUUGCAAUAAGUAGAGCCCUUUUAUAUUUAUGUAUAUCAGCAUGCGCUCAUUUGAUACGGUCAUCGAUC